AACUCUCUCUCUAUAGCUCUGCUAGAACCAUAUACAGCAGGGUCGGGGUGCAUAAGGAACUAAAACCAGAUACAGCAGGGUCGGGAUGCAUGCAGAACCAGAGACAGCAGGGUCGGGGUGCAUGCUGAACUAGAACCAGAGACGGGGUGCAUGCUGAACUAGGACCAGAGACAGCAGAGACGGGGUAAAGCAGAGUGGGGGCCGGCGGAUCCGUGAUCCUUUGCGCAUCACACAUUGGGCAACGCGGAAGUGGAGAGUAGCGUGAGCGUGAUCUGUAGUCUGUAGUCUUCACCAGAGAGACGUUUAUCAGACUAGCCUGCAGCGAUGGAAAACACCUGUAUCGAUAGUUUAAUCCUGAAACUUCACGAUGUGAACGCGGUUAAAUUCGGUGAAUACAAGCUGAAGAGUGGCAUGAUGACCCCGAUAUAUAUCGACCUCAGAGUGCUGGUGUCCUACCCGAGCCUCAUGAACAAGUUGUCGAGCCUCAUCUACCAGCUCGCUCAGGCCGAGCAGCUGAAGUUUGACUCUGUGUGCGGUGUGCCCUACACGGCCCUCCCCCUGGCCACCAUCAUCUGCUCCAGGAACGAGCUCCCCAUGCUCAUCAGACGCAAGGAGGCCAAGGAUUACGGAACCAAGAAGAUGGUGGAGGGAGUGACCCGGCAGGGAGACACGUGUCUGAUCAUCGAAGACACGGUCACCACGGGAUCCAGCAUCAUGGAGACGGCCGAGGUGCUCUACAAAGAAGGGCUGAAGGUGACGGACGCCAUCGUGCUGAUGGACCGUGAGCAGGGAGGCGUGGCCAUGCUGGGCUCCGAGGGCAUCAAGCUCCACCCCGUGAUCUCCAUGUCCCAGCUGCUCAGCGUGCUGCAGGCGGCCGGGCGCAUCAGCCCGGCGAUGGCGCAGAGCGUCCGCGACUUCAUCCUGGACAACAACACCUUCAGACCAAAGGCAGGGAACGGGAACCUCUCCCCCCUGGCCAAGAAGACAUGCAAAGAACAAGAGCAGGUGCUGAGUUAUGGCGCCAGGGCCAAACUAUCAGACAUCCAUCCUCUGGGGUCGAAGCUGCUGCAGAUCAUGGAGGAGAAGAAGUCGAACCUCUGCGUGGCCGCUGACGUGACGUCCUGCACAGAGCUCCUGGCGCUGGCCGACACCCUGGGCCCCAAGAUCUGCCUGCUGAAGACCCACGUGGACAUCCUGGAGGACUUCACCCCAGCGUUCUGCAACGCACUGAAGGACCUUGCUGACAAACACAACUUCCUCAUCUUUGAGGAUCGCAAGUUUGCCGACAUCGGGAGCACGGUGAAGCACCAGUAUGAAGGGGGCGUGUACCGGAUCUCGUCCUGGGCCCACCUGGUGAACGCCCAUGCGGUGCCGGGCCCCGGGGUGGCCCAGGGCCUGAGGGCCGCGGGCCAGGCCCUGGGCCGCGCCUGCCUGCUCAUAGCCCAGAUGAGUUCCCAGGGCUCGCUGGCGACUGGGGAGUACACUCAGUCUGUGCUAAAGAUGGCGGAGGAGCAGUCUGACUUUGUGCUGGGCUUCAUCUGCGGCUCCAGGAUUACCCAGAAGCCUCAGUUCAUCCACAUGACCCCCGGGGUGCAGAUGCAGGCUGGAGGUGACGGGCUGGGACAGCAGUACACCUCCCCCGAGGAGGUCAUCGCUACCAAGGCCUCUGAUGUCAUCAUCGUGGGACGGGGAAUUCUAGGAGCGUCCAAUAGGCCGGAGGCUGCCGAAGCCUACAGGAAGGCGGGCUGGGAGGCCUACGUGAAGAGGCUGGCCCAAUGAGGGCCCGGGGAUCACCCCUCCCCCCCUCUCUGUCUCUAAAGCCUCUUAUUCUGAAUAUCGCCUCGCAUAUGAAACUUUGGGUUUGUUGAUCUCUGGGGAAUAUAUGUAAGCAUUUGAAAAUGUUUCCAAGUGUGUGCCGCACAGUGCACACUUCACCAAGUAUUUCUGUAUCUUCUUUGUAAAUCUUUUUUAGGCUUUAUCAAAAUCUUCUCUGGAAGGAAAACUGUCAAUUCACUUUUUUUUUUAGAUGGAUACAGUACAGUCUAAUUUGACUCCGAUUUUUAAAAGAUCAAUAUAGUUGAACAACGCUAUGUCAACAGCCAAGUGUCCUUGUACUUUCUACGAGAUGGCCGUGCUCUUUGAAGACCAUCAGACAGACCCUUCAGCCCACAGAUAAAGGUUAUCAUGAGGGUUCAUUUAAGGGUAUUCACUGUUUAAAUCGGAUGGCAAAUCAAUGGGUUAAUAACUGGUAAGCCUUAAUCAAUCAAUGUGAAUGUGUGUCCGUCCGUGUUAAUACUGUUACACAUAUUAAUUCACACUGUUGCAUGUCGGUUCCUGACCUAUGUUGUUGGUUUGCUCAGCUUGCAUCUGUAUUAACCAUCUAGCAGUCUCACUCUAAACUGGUGCAUCAUUUUUUCAUUUUGUAUAUUUUUUUAAUGAGGAAAUUAAAUUAUUUUUCUGAACUGUAAGAACUCGUUUUGUAUGUUCCUAUUAUUCCCCACAUGGGUUACAUCUCAGUGUUUCUCCAAGGCAUUUAUUUUUUCAGAAAUCGAAACAAUAAAUCCAUGUUGACUCAU